CACACUUCCACUUUACUGCAGUAGUACCAGAGACACCUUUGCCGAACCUUUGACGUUGCAACCUUUUGCGGCUUCGGUUGCAGCAGAAGAAGGUCUUGGGUCGUGGAUGCGGAGGUGCAUAAUAGCGCAAGUUCUUGGCUGCAUGAAUCCUUGCCUAGGUCCCUUUCUUACCCCACAUUGCAUUUUCAACGCAUUUUCAAGGCCGCAAAACAACGAUCACCAGUCGAAAUCUCCUGUUUUGCCUUUUUAGCUUGAUUUCCCUCCGAGUCCUAACCUAAAGCUAAAGGCGCAUUUAAAGAUACCCAGAGAUCCCUAUUGCGCGACCAGGAGAGACUGCACCUGAUCUAUUUUCAUGCCGACGAAUUGACCAGACCGCCAAAAGCUGGGCUACCUCGAAGAGGGAAGAGCUCAUAUGCUCAAUCACCUCAUCCAAAGAGGAAAUUAAAAUGGGAUCAACAAAAGACUGAUAGAUUCAUGAGAUCCCGGCUACGCAAAUCAGCAAUCAUGGAAGAAGCUGCCAAAGAACUUGUCCUCUCGCCCUUUAGGGAGAUUGUGACCAAGGGGACGACGGCAUUGGAAAAUGCUCGAGGCGCCGAAGACUCCGACGUCAAGGUCUCGAUGACCAAGGCCGCAAAUGCCCUGCUGCGGGAAGGAGACCGUGCCGUCAAGAAAAUCGAGCCUUUGUGCGACAAGUUGCUCGCCAAUCAAGGAGACAUCUUUAUUGAUGCUUUGAGGGAGAACGACGAAAUUGCGGAAUACCGCUCAGAACUCAGUGAUCUGCUAUGGGAGUUUGACGACUUUAUUGAGCCAGAUGGCUUUGACGAAGAUAGGUUCACAGAGCUCCGGAGCCUUUCACGUAUCUGCGCACCCAGGGUUGUGGACAUCUUGAUGCGCAUGCGGCUGGAACCAACAUCGCCGCUGACGGAAAACGCUGCCGGCCACCUGGCCACACCAACCACCGACCAAGUUGCCUCUAUGGGUUUCACCGCGACCCCUUUGACCGAUAUGGAGUUCGACUUUGGAUUUAGGGAUACGGCUGCCCGUCCCGUAGAGCCGCCACCCUGUCCAGUCAGGAGUCCCUGGAGAGUCGCAACGCGAAGCUCAACUGGCCAAGCAGUCACGCUCAACACAGAGUUCAGCCUGGACGACCCUAUUCCUAGCCUUCAAAUAAGUCAUUCUGGGAGCUCGGGCAUCUGCACAGGUGCUCUCGAACAACCUCUCCCAAGCCCAUCGACUCGCCGGGAAGGCCACGAGCAUGAGAUUGAAGAGGAAAGUGGUCGUAGCUCAGCUAUGCCACUGCCCCUCAGGAUGAUCAAGACUACGGCAGAAAGCCCUGGGUGUUGCUGUAGUGGAGACUCAAGCGAUAUCACUGUUUCAUCCCCGACGGCCACUUCUACAAACAGGUCUUUGCUCUCGUCUCUCUCUUCCGAUGCGGGCAAGAGUUCAUUACGACACUCCAGGGACAGCUCUGUCGCAGAAUCGCAGUCUAGCUAUGUCAUCGAGAGGAGGGACUCGGCCUGCGAGCCCGUUAGUCCUCUCACGCCUUCCUUUAGAACACCAGUAUUGGCUGUACCUCCAGAUGGCUAUUUCGUCCCAUCGACUGCCCCACCGCUCAGUCCUCUUUCAGAACGAGACCCGUCGGACGUGUCCUCACAGGACGAGAGUCAAGUAUCAGAGCCAAUAGAGGUCGAUUCCAGCUUGAUACCUGUGGAACCCGAAAAGACGCAACGGACGCUCAUCCUGCAGCCGAGCAGGAUACCAGAUUGCUCUAUUGGGCCUCAAAGCUCAUUUCAUAGAAUGAGGGGCUUUUGUGAGGGUGCAAAGGACACGCUUGCCGGCCAUGAUGGCUUCAGGCAAGUCAAGAAAUUAAACUUUGGUGGUAGCUCGAUCUUGGCUUCUAAAUGCAAAACGUGUCUCUACGAACUGGACUGGGAGGAAGUGGAGGCAGACCGCAAAGGGCUUCCAAAAGCGAAACUCGUUUCAAAGACUAGCGGAGUCGGCUUUAGGCUUCGGUUUUUGGCCAAGAGCCAUAUGCCGGCGAAAAGCGUGGACGAUCAAGUAUAUGCCUGCAUUUUUUGUGAGCAGCUGGGCCGUACAACAGAGGAGACAGAUGCGACAGUCUUCUUCUCACAGAAACAGCUCUUUGCGCACAUUUCACGCCACGCACGACCACUCCCAUCAAUCCCUGGAUUGAUUGUCAUUGAGGAGGCCGAGGUACCGACCGUCUUCGAGGACAACUAUGACCUUCACCUUCCCAACCCGCCGAAACUGUCCAAGUUGGCAGAGGACAAGAGUCUGGCCAUGCAGGUCGAGCUUCUUCCCGUGGCGACCUCGGUCAUGACUGUGAAGCAAUCUUACGGCACUUUGAAAAUGCCACCAGACCGAGCGACACCACUGCAAUUUGCUGUCGGGACGAGAAUAUUCGGGGUCGAAUUUCCAGAGCAGUAUGGCGGCGAGUGGGCGGUGGGGUGGUCAGACAACGUUCACGCCUGCUUCCCCGCCGACACGGUCAAGCUGGAGCCUCCACCGAAAUCACAGAUGGCCUUGGGUGGCAUAAUCUCCAACCGGAGGGCGGUGGCGCGCUGGAAGUUUUCGAUCAAGGGCAAGGAGCGAGGCGAGUGGCUCAAGUUCGACAAGGGUGAGAUCAUCACAGACAUCGGAUGGGUACACCCAGGCCACUGGUGCUGGUCCGGUGUGAAUGCCAAGGGCAAAUGGGGCAUCUUUCCACGGUCUCACAUCGAAGUCAGCACGCUCAAGGAGGGCGAAGGCGCAGAGGAUCAGGCAAGCACCAGCAGCGGCAGCACAGGCCACAAGAAACCUGCGAGUUUGUUCACCCGUGUGUCAAUGAGGGUCCGGGCAGGGUCGAGUAGCAGCAGCGGGAGCAAGGUGCGGCCGUCUCUCUACUAACGAGGCGACCGUUCCAGGCUGAGCAGGUAUAUGAAUAACGGGUGAAAGUUGAGUGGGACAUCUUAUGACUAUAUAUACUAUAUGCGAUCUAGAAAAAGGGAAUGCUGGCGACAGAAUGUUGGGGAGCAUAGCGACCUGCGGGGCAUUCAUUUAUCUAUCUCCUUUGUCAGGCAUGGUCAAGGUCAAGGGACCUUUGGGGCUUUGGGCUUUUUGGGUUAUUGGGUCGAAUAGCGGGAGUCUGAUCGGGAAAACCAUCAUGAGCGACACAGCUUGUUGUAUAUUGAUCUUUAGUGCUAGUUUUGAGGGCGGCUUGACAAGCUGCCAAAUCUAUUGCCAAAUACUCAAGAACGACCUGU